AUGGAUUAUCAGAAUAAUUUCCCGGUAACGGGUUAUUAUUCAGCUAGUAAUAUACCGCCUAAUUGGUCCACUGGCUGGAAUCAGAGUUAUAUGGACAAUGGGGCACAGCAACAGCAGCAGCAACAGCAACAACAACAGUGGCAACCUAAUCAGCUAUCUCAGCCACAGCAGAAGAAGAAACCAAAGCCAGACGAGAGCUCACAAGCCACCGGCAAUAACAGUUCAUCGGGACCCUCGGAUUUCGUUAGGAAGUUAUUUAUGAUGCUAGAGGAUUCUCAGUACAACUCUGUAGUCAGCUGGUCACCUUCAGGGGAGACAUUCGUUGUUAAGGAAAUGAAUGACUUCACAAAAUUAAUUCUCCCACGCCACUUCAAACAUUCAAAUUUUGCUUCGUUUGUCAGGCAAUUGAACAAAUACGACUUUCACAAAGUGAAAAGGGAAGAGGGAGAGGAGAAACCAUGGGGUGAUCAAACUUGGGAGUUCAAGCAUCCAGAAUUUAAGGCAAAUUGCCGUCAUUUACUUGAAAAUAUUAAAAGGAAGGCUCCUACAGGCAAGGGUAAACCUACCGUUCAACAGCAGACUACAAAUGCCGCACAAGAGUUACAAAAUCAAUCCACUUUCCACGAAAUUGCUAAUAUACAACAACAAAUUGAAAAUUUGAAUAGAAAUCAACAAGAAACUAAUCUACAAUUUGACAAUUUACAAUCUAAUUAUUUGGAAGUCGUCAAUGGCAUAAUGUCAUUUCAAAGGAAUCUCAUUAAUCAGGAUCAACAAAUACAAAAUAUUCUACAACAUCUUAUAGAACAAGACAUGAAAACAAAUAACUAUGUUGAUAAUGAUAAAGUUAAUAGAUUAAUUGGUAAAUAUAAGGAAGCAGCUUCAAGUACCUUCUCACAGAUGGGUGACUUGAAUAGGAAAAUUUCUUCAUAUAAUCAACGUAAGAGAGUUUCAACUCCAGUGGCAACACCACCAGCUCAGCCACAACCUCAAUCACAACCACAGCCGCAGAUUGUACACGGUCCUCAUCCUCAAACUGCUUCUCAACCAUCCGCUCAAGGUUUGAAAGUAUUCACUUUCGGUCAAUUGAGACAAAGAGAUGGUGACAAUAAUGCUUAUAUGGCUCAAGGAGCACCUCAAGUUUCAAAUUUGGGUGCAUCUACAUCUACAGUCAAAACUGAACCUGAGGGUCCACCUACUACUUUACAAAAGCCUCAAGCUCAUUGGACAGUACCACCAAGAGUUUUACUUGUUGAGGAUGAUGCAGUUUGUAGGAAAUUAUCAAGUAAAUUCCUUCAAAUAUUCGGAUGUACAAUUGAUGUCGCGGAUGAUGGUGUUUCAGCUGUCAACAAGAUGAACUUCACAAAAUAUGAUUUAGUCUUGAUGGACAUAGUUAUGCCAAAUUUAGAUGGUGUAGCUGCAACCAAUUUAAUUAGACAAUUUGAUCCAAUGACACCAAUUAUUUCAAUGACAAGUAAUAGUAAUCCUAACGACAUACUUAAUUACUUUAGUCAUGGUAUGAAUGAUAUUUUGCCAAAGCCAUUCACCAAGGAGGGAUUAUUUGGUAUGGUUGAGAAACAUCUUUUGCAUUUGAAAACCAUGCAACAAUUAUGUGAAGUACCAAGGGCACUUGGCUUACCACCACUCAAAGAUCAGUCAAUUUCUGAAGCUUUGCAGUCAACAGCUCAGGCCGUUAUACCAAAUCAGUCAUCAGGUUCAUCAAGUUCUUCAGAUAGCAAGAAUACUGUAUGGCAACAGGAUCAACAAGCUCAAUCAACUGCUCCUACAUCAGUACCGAACGGUCAAGAGCUAAACUAUAAUCCAGCUACAUUAGCUGCUCAAGCGAUGACAAGUGAUGAUGGUGAAACUGUUAAUCCAUUAGCUAGCAUGGGAAUGUCAGAUGAAAAUUAUGUUAACAUGCUACAAGGAAUUUUAGCUUCGGGUGCAAUGGACAAUAAUAGUAAUUAUCAAGGACGAGCAUCACCCGUCGCUAUAGCAACAGCUGCAGCCAAGAGAGCUAUCGAUGAUGAUAGUAUCGAUUCACAAUAUAAAAAGAAAACGAGAUUCGAAGAACUCAUAGAUUAA